AGAAAGAGCAAGAGAAACCUCCUUUCCAGUCUUGUUGAGAAAGACGGGGUUGCAGUGAACCGAAUGAAUAUCUGUCUUUGGUCCGAGUUGACUGUCUUUCAAUCGCUACCUAUUCUGGAGCCUACUAGGCUGCUUGCGCGAAGGAACAUCUGCUGGACGAUUAUCUGCAACGUUCUGAGAAUUUCUAGAUCCUUUUCUUCUGAACGUUCAAGAAGAGCAGCAACGUGUUGGUCGAUUUGGCAGGGAACCAGUAGACGUGGAAUAUCUUCUACAUGCAUGGCAUGUUCAGAGCCCUCGGUUCUACCAACAAAAGCUAGCUCGAAUAGAAGACAGUGACAAUUACCCAAUCUCUCUGACGUCAAUCAUUCCUGAGACAAUUCUGCUCCAGCUUCCAGUCAACAACAACUAACUGGUGAGUGCUGAUUGUCUUGCUGUCAAUGACACACUAGCAAUUAGACCCACACAUAUAACAUGCCAACACGUAUGUGCACACAUGUGAGCACACACACACACACACACACGCACGCACGCACACGCUCACACACACACACACACACACACACACACACACACACACACACACACACACACAUACACACCUGGCCUGGUAUACAGCUGCCAAAUGCUUGGCCACGCUGCCCCUGAGACAGGGGAGAGUAGAAGAGAGAGCUCGAAAGAAAGCCAGCACUGCCACCAGGAAGCCGCUCCGCCACGACGUCGUCCACGAUUGCGUACUGUAUUGAUAGCUACCCUAACGGGUCACGCCGCCCUCCACCCAAGCAUGGGUAUGAUGAGGGACAAUGGCAACAAAACAAAAGCAGCAAGCAGAGAGAGAUAGCAUGAGAAAGACAGCGAAAGUAGUACAUCUGGUGUGCGACGCAUAGAAAAGAGAGAUGACAAGAGAUACGCACAAAAAGGAAACAAUAAUUAUUUGAACCUGCAUUAUUGCAGUUCCGAAACAAUCAACCAGUUGAUGGAGUGUGGGCACCCAAAGUCCCACCCGGACUCCACUGGAAGAACAUCCCACGCAGGGAUAUCAGCGAUAGGCUAAGCAUUGAAAAACAGCCAUGAGGACACAUCGUCUAGAAGUCCACCGCGCUCGAACUGAAAUUGCAGGAUCAAACAAUUUCCCAUGCGUCGUCAGGCAGCGUAACCCUUCUCCCUGUGUUGUACAUGCGGUUGCACGUGGUGCUCUUUGUCGUACAUGUGGCUGCGCUGGUGUCUCCUUGUAGUACAUGUGGCUGCGUUUGUGUCUCUGUGUCGUACAUGCUGCUGACCCGUGGUACACGCUGCUGCGCUGUCUUGGAACGCUUUGUACAUGCCGCUGCACCGUCUUCUGUCCCCUCCGUAUGCAUUAUUUCUCACCUCGUCCCCGUUGUAUACGCAUUUUCUCGUCUUGUCUCCGUUGUAUUUGUCUGGUUGCCAUCUUGUGUCCGUCGUACUUCCUCGUCUGCCGUCUUUGUCUCCCGUCCCGUUCGGGCCUUGUUGUACUAUACACAUGCACCUCUUUCGUCUCCCUCACCCCACUUUUUCCCCACUUUUCCACGUCCCACAAUAUAUUCUCUUGUCCUGUUUUGUGGGAGCUCAGUUCUCCAGUCGCCGCUUGAAGUAAGCCUAAGAAAAAGCUCUCUCUCAAUUUGUACUAGUCCUUUGUUGUGUGGCGUGGCGAGGAGCGUAGAGAAAUAGUAAUAGUUCGUCCUUUGGGCAAGACGACAUUUGGCGCCCAACGUGGGGCUCAAACCCACGACCCUGAGAUUAACCCUUUACCGGUCUACCAUAAGCGUACCGAUACUAUAGUAUCGGUACGUUUGGCCCUCAUUUUUUUGGGGUCUUGUUGCUAGGAGACAGCUAAAAUGGCGCUCUACGCGUAGCUGAGGUCCAAGGCUUUCUGACGAUGUGCAAAACAAUCAUGCUUACCAUACAAAUUUUUGCCGUAUCGAUCGACUGAAGUUUGUUGAAAUUGGAAAAGACGACCAUCCGCCAUGCGCGCAUUUCGAGAAUGCGGGUGCAUCUCUUGGGGCCGUGUUUGACAAGCGUUCUGAGAGCAGUAACAUCACUAGUCCAGGCUUGAUCUCCCGGGAGGUUUUGCAGGGUAGUGUGUUGAGAAAAAGAGCUCCGUUGAGUCCUGCUAGUUCAAAAAUAUAUCGUCCACGAAUGAAGAAACAAAAUUCUCCAAACAGAGAGGAAGCCUUCUUGCUGCCAACACGGCGACAGCGACUGUCACAAGGACUCAUCAGGUGCGAUCAGCUGAUUCGCCUGGCCGUGAGAAUCACGGCAUGCGUAAGCUCGCGCCUGAGUACUCAUCUGAGCGAGAGUGAAUCUGACGCGAGCAGCGCUGAGAUGAACAAACCGAAACUGCGAUAUCGUGGAAUGGGAAUUGCUGCUGCUGGCGUAUCGCCGAUGGCGAGGUGUUGGUGUUCAAUGGCGGUAUUGUAGAGAGCCGACAUUUCUUGUAAAGACAUAGCCCUUACCUGAUUGUUUAUCGUACGACUUCAGCUCCAUCACGAACUUGGUAUGCCCUCCGUGCUGUGAUAUUCGUGUAUUUCAUUCGCAAUUGUAUUUUCUCUCAACUUGAAGGGCUACCAUGGGCCCUAUCCUUGCCUGGACCUAGUCAUAUUUGAAUUUUCUGGACGCGUUCAGGCAUACAGAUUUUGAAAAUAUAUGGUUUACCCAUACCUACAUCACAUGGUUCUUGAGUUAUUGCUGGUUGUGUGUACAUGUAUUUGCGUGACCACCCCUCACAUACAUUGAGUUAGACCGGCAAAGGGUUAAGAGUCUCAUGCUCUACCGACUGAGCACCUGCAUCACCAUCCAUCUCCAGCAACCGUCUCCACUCACAGCUCAUGUCUCUGCCACCACUGUACUCCGAGCCUAGACGAUCCAGCUCCAAAACGACAACAUCGAUUCUUCUCUCAUCAGAUUCAAGUCUUGAAUACACACACACACACACACACACACACACACACACACACACACACACACACACACACACACACACACACACACACACACACACACACGCAAACCUGGAACCUGGAAUACCUGUCGCCGUAGGAAUGGAAGCAAUGACUUCAUCGCACCGGGGCUCCUAACUCUCCAUUUGGUGCAUGCUGCAUGAUCGCCAGGACGACAGAACGCUCAAUUGCAGUGGUAGUUGGAGCACAGGAUGUCUGGGGCUUGCUUAUCAACCCUGAGCCGCCAGCACUGGAACCAAGUUGGUCUCUCCUGUGCUGUAGUGUACUAGAAACCUUCAGGUAGGCCAAUGGAUGCAAGGUCCGAGGACACAACGUCCUGCUAGCGUUUCUUGGGACCGUGCUGCGUGCGUUUGCAAGGCAGCUCACCAAACAGAAUCUGCAUUGUCAGCCGGGCUUCCUUCAUCCAUGCAACAUGACCAAGCCACCGCAGCCUGUGCUUUCUGUGGCAUCAUCAAGUCUAUGUGAUGAUUAGUUAUAUUGAAUAAGAAUAAUGCACCGAAGGACUGAGAGGACGACUCGUCAGGAAACUGCCAAGGAAAUCAAGCAAAUAACGUGAAGCCGCAUGCACGCGUUUUCGAGCUUGUAGAUUUUUGCUUCUUUUCAGCCCAGACGGCAUCAGGCCGGACUGGAGAAAGGUAGAGUAUUUUCAGGUAGAUAGCAGUAGUAGUAUAGUGUAGUUGUAGUCUAGGUAGGACACCGGUGGCAGGCCGUCGUCAUGGGCGAGUCUUCAAGCGAAGCCCAGAUGAAACUGCUUUGUUCCCUCCCGGGGAUCGAGCACUCGCUGGUAGGAGUGGUGCAGACGCUGUCUACCCUGGCCACAGAAUCCGCAAACCGUGCGGCGAGGAUGAGCCGAAGAAUUUCAGAGCUAUCUUCUGAGGUCAAAGGACUAAAAGAGGAACUGGUCACCCUCAAGGCAUCCGCCAUUGCGAAACCGAUGAGCAGCAGGCCAAAGGCAGUUGGAGCUGGACGCACAACAACGAGCGGCAACUCGUCAACGGCUGUCACUGGGGGCAAAGUGCAGCAUCGUAGUACAGACCCAGCGCACCGUAGCACAUGCACAGGACACUCUGCAGAAACUCCGUUGACAACGCCUGUAGCAACGGACAGCGCUGGGGACGCGCCCUGUACGAAUACUGGUAGCUCUGAGGCCCACGCUGCAGCUACAGCAAACUACACGGAAGUUCAUACUGCAGCAGCAACAGCAGACGAAAAGCACAAUACCGGCAACAGUGGUCAGGAUGCAAAGGGUGUCCAAAGCAAAGGACAGUCCCACGUUGUCCCACCCAUGGAUGACGAAGAUGACGCCUGGACUCUGGUAUCGCAUGACAAGCCCCGAAAACCAAAAAAGAAAGUCAUCUUUGUUGGCAACCUCAAGGCAGGCACAACUGAGGAGCAACUAGCAACAUACUUGCACAGGAGAAUUGCUGCUGCUGCACUCCCUAACUUCCCGCUACACAGCGUGACAAUACUGGAGAAACGGCCACUCAACAAUUCUCGCCUCACGGUGUCAGGGCGGGUCAUGAUCAAUGCACAAGAUGCUGGAUAUUUGCUUGCCAAGAACCUUUGGCCGGGCCGCGUGUACUCCAGGCUGUGGAAGUUUGAUGCUGACAGAAACAGCAAUGGGCGAGCCACAUCUGGCGAAGAUAUUGGAGACAGCAUUGACCAUAGCACAUCCACCCCAAGUACCGGUACUGUUUCUUAGGCCUCUGAAAAUGGCAGCAGCACCGGCGACCAACUCUUUGAGGAGACCACGGGCGACCAACUCCUUCAGGAGACUGAGGCCAUCGUGGACAAGCUCCUUCAGGAGACGCGGAUGGAGACAGCCAACUUGUCUGCCGCACCACCAGCGACAGAAGGUGCACAACAGCCAGAAGAGGAAUAGCUCGCACCUCUCCCCUCCUGACGCUGGAGAUGCGAAAAGACCACCACCACCAAUCUAUUAGAUCAUGACUAGUUCACAUUCCACGUUGAAAGUACUGUCCCUGAACAUCUGCAGCCUCCGCCAGAAGCUGCAGGAUCUAAUGCAACUGGCCUCUACUUGUGUGCCCAAUGUAAUAGCUGUCUCAGAAACUUGGCUCGAUUGUACCAUUACAAUAGCAGAAAUGUCCAUACCAGGUUACACCCUACAUCGCCUAGACCGUUGCGGGAACUUGGGUGGUGGUGGUGUGUAUAUACACUAAUGUCGGACUGAAAUGCCACCCCCGGCCAGAUCUUGCCACACAGGGUAUUGAGUGCUGCUGGGUAGAGGUGAAGGCCCAGCCGAAGCCUUGUCUCAUUGCCUGUCUGUAUCGGCCACCUCAUAUGCGAGUGUCUUACUGGCAGGCCCUGGAAGCGACGUUCACUCGUGCGAUGAGGGAGCCAAAGGAUGUGAUAAUCUGUGGUGACUUCAAUGUUGACUAUAGCUGCCAGAGUGGUCAACUCUCAUAUCUAUCUGACAUCGCGAAUACCCUCGGAUUGUCACAAAGUGUGAGUCUGGCCACAAGAAUCGGAAUUACGGGACCACAAACCACCCUGGACUUAGUAUUUAGUACGUUGCUGUGCAGAGCCCCAACCAUUGUCUCCCCAGUAUCAUUUAGUGACCAUUCGGCUGUCAUCUCUACCCUGGCAAUCACUGCCGACUGUGCACCCCAGAGUGCUCAACCGCAGACUCGACACCUCCGAGGCAUCAACAUGGAAAUGUUUCGCAAUGACUUCGUGGCUGCAAACUUGUGCUCCUUGGAUGGGUCGUGUGAUGAGACGUGGACUCGAUGGCUGCAGAAGUUCCUGGAUAUCCUAGACAAACAUGCUCCUUUGAGGACCCGCCA